GUGUGCACGGGGGCGACAUCUCAUUACUCGGUUUAUGCAUCAGCGGUGUGUACACUGAGAGUGUGAAAUGUAAAAUUGUUUCGGUCAACGGAACAAGGCAGUCGCACGGCAACACCGCACCGCUCGCUGUGCAUACGGCGGGUUCAUCAGUGCAGUAUGCAGCUAUAUUUCCAAUGUGACGUUUGUUAACGCAGGUACGUCUGCAUGCGGAGAUGUGUAUGCGAUUUGUUUUCACUGCGUGACAUAUUUUGUUUAAGGAUGCUAAAAAGUCGGGGAAUAUUUCAUGGCUGAUGUGCAUUCACAGCUGAAGGGACUAAGCUUAAAGUACCAAGGCGACGUUUGAGGACAAAUUGAACUAGUUGUAAAUUGGACGGGGACGACGAUUGCGGUCGCAGUGAGGAAGUCUCGUCGGAUAAACCCAUCAGCUCGCUUUAAAUGCCCUGUUUAUGCCGGCGUGAGGGACGAUUUCACGGGUGUGAUUCAGCGCGAAUGGGCUAACGGCUGAGCUUAAUUGUCUAGCGGGUUUCGGUGGAUUGUCUCGUUGGCGUGUGAACGAGGGAGGCAGGAGACGCUGUGAGUCGGGAAACCUGCGGCCGGGGCUAGCAAGAUGACGAAUCCGAUCCUAGGAGGAGCACCGCCGCAUAGGCGAAUGUCCUCCGACUCGGACAGACAACUCGAAGGAUCAAAGUGUUGUUGGGGACUGUGUUGCGGGCCCGGCUUGGCUCUUGGCAUAGUGGCAUGCAUCUACUUCAUCAUCAUCCUACCUGCAGGACUGUUCUUGGCCAUGGUGGGUGGACCUAAGAGCACUAUAAUCCUUCUUGUCGGUCUGGCCUUCGUCUUCAUUCCUCUCGUCAUCUUCUCGGUGGGAUGUUUCUGUUAUCGGCGAAGGAAGUCGCGACAGCAUGCCGGCUAUCACACAGCGUCAGCCAACUUCGUCCAGACCCCAUCGCAUGUUUAGAAGAUGUUACACCGUGAACUACGGUGGCAGUCCGAAGUCUCGAAAAUGGCGAUUUAACGUCGCUUGAUGUUACAUCGGUGUAGAAUUGACUUUGAGUGGCGUACCAGUCCACAUUUGCAGAGAGCAAGUGACUGAUAUAGGUUUCCCUUCUCCUACGAGGUGACAUUGGUACAAUCAAGGCUGAUUUAAUUCGCAGUUCAUUUUGAACUCUAGCCUAUUGAAACCGGCGGCUCAGAAGUGGAAACAUCAUACGUCAUCAUAUAGAGACGAGCUCGUGUAAAGACGCUGCCAGUGAUUGGCUGAAAGUAACAUUCUGCGCUCGUACAUAGCCAAUCGGCAACACGCCUGUGUGGUUUGUGGCAUCUUUGUCUGUGAUUGGUAAUAACGCAUGCGUUAUCAUGCGGCUGGUAGCGUCAGUGGCAAAGUUGUAGCGCCCUCAUUGUCAACUUGCAAAAGUGGCUGUCGUGUGCGCGUUGGCUUUUAAGAAGCGAAAUGAAAUUCUUCAAGUGUCCCGAAUGAAAGCUAGGAUUGUAACUGUUACGCGUUGCAGGUGACGUUCAUCUGUGAUCUCUAUUACAAUAUCAAAAGUUAUUAAUCACUCGUAAACAUUGUUAUGAUACUUUUCACUCUUUUUGGCGCUCUACAUUCGUCCUGCCUUCCAAAUUUUGGCAGAUUUGUCGCUGUUCUAACGUACAAAAUUCUGUAAGAGCAAAAUUAGUAUAAUAACGAUUUUAGUAUUGCAUUAAAAAAGUUCCAGAUCCAUAAUAUGUAUAUUUAAGCGAGUGGAGACAUAUUUUUGACAGAAUACAGUUCAAUGACUGAAAAAAGACUCUUUUAAAAUAAUUUUUAUGAGUGAGCGUUUGGUAAUAAUUGCCAUGUUAAACUGUGGAGUAUAGACACCUCUUUCGGAGCAGUCGCAGUAAGAUAGGCCUACUAGAAUUUAUCAGAGCAGGAACGAAAGCUUACUUCAAAUGGGACCACAGCAUGAUGACUAAAUACAUGUACACGGAAAGCUAUGGCGCUGCUUUAACGUGAAGAGUAAACAGCGCUAGCGUACGUGGAAUCUGCGUAGGAUGGCUAGAACAUUAGAGUAUGUGCUGUAUUGUUGAGUCACUAUGUAGAAUGCUUUCAUGUCAUACUGCUUGAGGACCCUUGAUUCCAGCAAUGGUCCAUUCCAUUUCGAUCAGCCCUAAAUAUAUGUGUACAUUUGUUUAUUACGAUUCAUAAUGUCUAUUUAAUAUAAACAUUUACACAGGUUGUGUUUAUACGAAAGUAGAAUACCGAAACACUCGAGUUUUAUUAUCAUUCAACCAUUUUUUGGACACGGAAUGUCUUCUGAAUAAGGACGGGGUGUAAUGGGGACAUUCCUCCACACAGAGAGCAAGUGGCCCGCAUGACUGCACAGCCUUUGUGUGGUAGCGGGACUGCACAAAAGCAGCAGCUGUGGAACUACCCACUACCCGUGUGCCACAGCAUACCACAGCUGGCAACUGCAUUCCAAUGAGGAUUAGCGGCCGCGGCCAUGACCGCUUCCCGUACGCAUGGGGUUAAUAAAUAGUGAACAUUUUCUCAACAAUUUCGCACUAUCUGGCAACCUUCCUAAAAUUCGUGAUUUUCAUCUCCCAACUCCAUGCACCACCAAUUGAUGUUUGAUCUAGAAAUGAACGAACCCGGCAAUACAAUACUGUAGGGAACAACAUACAAUUGUUCAAUGCUAGACAUUCCAAAUUUCCAAUAUAUAUUUGAACUCUACCAAUAAUCAGGUUUAUCCAUCAUUGAAUGUUAUUAUUAUCAUCAUAAAGUCGUACGUAAUCUACGUAUAGUAAUCCUUCACUGUAUUUGUGUAUUAAUGGUCCCUUAUGGGGAGAUAUGUUGUUGUCCAAAGUUAUACAGGGUGAGUAAAAAAACCCGAAACCCAAAUGUCGGGACUAUUGUUUAAGUGACGUUCUGCAUGUAGCACUUUCAAAAUGUAGGAUUUAAGCUUUCAUUAAGUACCAGAACCAUUGAAAUCACUCAUACAUGUACUUUUCAAGUUACGGAAUUUUAAACACAACCACCGUUUUAGAGUUCUG